UUCAGUAUCAUACGUUGGUGGGGUUGAUUUUUUUUUCUCUUUUUACACAGAUUCUAACCUCAUUUGACUCGACACAGUCCACGCCAUCGACAAUUUAUUUAUUGUGUCGAUUCAGUGUUUUUUAUAUUAUAGAUAUAUAAAAUUAGUACUUUGAAAAUAACAAAUUACAAACAAUAAAUAAAUUACAAAAAAGUAAACAAUGUCGUCGAGAGUAAAUUCACGUAGAAUACCCGAGUUAGAAUCUCGCAUUGAUUAUGUUCAAUGUGAUGGACUGGCGGCAAUGAAAAUUAUAAAACAUUGCCAUGAAGAAUCAACGAGUAAUAUGGAAGUUGCACAAGGUGCUUUACUUGGUUUGGUUGUACAAAACCGUUUGGAAAUAACGAAUUGUUUUCCGUUUCCUAAAAACGAUGAAUUAGCUGAAGAAGAGGAGUAUCAAUUAGCUGUUAUGCGUCGUCUACGAAGAGUGAACGUUGAUCAUUUUCAUGUCGGUUGGUAUCAGAGCGCAGAUGUUGGUAAUUUUUUGAGUGUUUCACUUUUAGAAUCUCAAUACCAUUAUCAGACAUCAAUUGAAGAGUCUGUUGUUGUUAUCUACGAUACUGCAAAAUCAGCUCGAGGAUUUUUGACAUUGAAAGCUUAUCGUUUAACUCCUCAAGCUAUUCAAAUGUACAAAGAAAAUGAAUUUACUCCAGAAGCACUCCGUACUUUGAAAAUUGGAUACGAAAAUCUUUUUAUUGAAAUCCCAAUUGUUAUUAAAAAUAGUAACUUGACGAAUAUAAUGAUGUCUGAAUUAGAGGAAUUGAUACCUGAAGAAGAAGGUACUAAAUAUUUGGAUCUUGGUACAGCGUCUGUUCUUGAAAAUCAAUUACGUUGUCUGAUGGAUCGUGUUGAUGAACUAAAUCAAGAAGCUAUUAAAUUUAAUAGAUAUCAACAUCUUGUCAUUCGUCAACAGCAAGAUAAGAAUCGUCUAUUGACUAAACGCGCACAAGAAAACGCUGCGCGUGCUGCUAAAGAUGAACCUCCUCUACCUGACGAUGAUAUUAAUAAAUUAAUGCGUCCGCUACCAGUACCCCCCAGGCUCAAUCCUAUGAUCGUUGCCGGACAAAUUAACACGUACAGCCAACAUAUUUCACAAUUCUGUGCUCAAAGUUUAGCUAAACUUUAUAUUACUCAAAGUUUACAGAGCGCCAAAGAAUCUAAAACUACAAAUUAAAAGUUGCAGACAUCCGACAAUUAUUAUUUUUUUUUUUUCAUACAAACAAAUUACAUGUUAUUAGAAAUAAUUAUUUUAAUAACAUUAUGACAAGUCACUCCAGGACCUCUCUAUGUACAAAUAACAUAACAAUUCUAUAUAAAUAUGUCUGUCGUGAAAUGAAACUAUUCUUGAAUUGAUAAUUUCAAAAUAUCUCUAUCUAGAACGAUUUACCUCGGACUCUACUUCGAAAUUUCUUUAUUCAAUGACAAAAUUAGCAAAAAUAACAUCCAUUUUUAGCUAGAAAAUGAUCAGUAACUGAGAAAAUAUGUUAAUUUUCGUGUUAACUCACGUGUCUUGUUAUUGAAUAGAAAAAUUUCGGAGCAGAGUAAGUCUGAGAAUAGUUUUUCUGGGUAGCGAUAUUUUGGAGUAACCAAUUUAAAGAUACUUUUAUUUUACGAUACAUAUUUUAGGUAGAGGAUUGUUAUAGAGUACUGAUACGUGGUCCAAUAGGGACGAUAGCCAAAAAGGGAAAACAAAAAUUGUUAUAGAGUUGUCUGUACAUAGAGAGGUUCUGAAGCGACUUGUCAUGAUCCCAUUUAAAAAUGAGUGUAAAUGUAGCAGAUAUCAGAUAAAUUUAAAGUUAUAAAUAAAUAGAGUAAAUAAUUUAAAAAAUAAUAUUUAUAAAAAAUGCACUUAUUAAUUUCAAAAUUUUUUAAAUGCGCAUUUUUAAAAAAUUUUAUUUGAUUAAUUAUUUUACUUUACUUAUUAAUAAUUUAAAAUUUGUCUGAUGUCUGCUACACUAACACUCAUAUUUAAAAAUAUAUAGAAAAAGUGUAAAAAGUUUUUGAUGUGUUUGAAAGCUUUUUUUUCUACUAAAAUUUAAUUUUUUUAUUUAAAAAUAAAAAUUGUCAUUUCUCUGCUGUUUUCAUAAUUAAAAUAAAACUUUCUUUUUUUUAUAAU